UUUUCAUCUGCAGUUUCAUGGUGGCAGCGCCCAUCUUCGGUUACCUCGGCGACCGUUUCAACAGGAAGAUCAUCCUGAGCUGUGGCAUCUUCUUCUGGUCUGCCGUCACCCUCUCCAGCUCCUUCAUCACCAAAGAGGUAUGACAUCACUUCCUCUACAUACAGGAAGUACACAGGAAGUAGCGCACUGUUACAAUAAAGCAGUAAACUAGCUGCUUCACUCACUGUCGGAAGUCGUAUAUCCAAACCUCUUCAGUAAGAGAGGACCACUGCUCAAAUUCUAGACCUAAUUCAAGCACAGACAAAAGCAUUAUUCAUGAGUUUGGUGGUACUAUCAUCACCCACGAUGACCCCUAUGAGGGAAGGUUUGAUGUUUUGAUGUGCAACACAUCAGAAGUAAGUAGAAGAGAGAAACUCCAGGGGCCAUUUCACUGAGUGGGUUAACUGUUUUGCUGAUCUCCAGCACAUGAAGGUUAGUGACCGCACAGCACCACAGUUUGAAGUGCACUGACGUGUACUGUGCAGCCAAAACAAAGUUGUCUCACUAAUGUAGAUUAGAUGACAUGCUCAUUUAGCGUGACACUGACUUCACAGCCUUUGUAGACAUUCUAUUAUGGCUUUAUAUUCGCUCUCUCUCUCUACCUCACUCUCUCUCUCUCUUGCUCUGUCCCCCUCGCUUUGUGCCUCUAUGUAGGCGGCCGUCUGCUUUCCUCCUCUCUCUUCUCUAUCCUCUCUCUCUCUCUCUCUCGUCUCUCUCUCUCUCUCUGCUCUCUCUCUACUCCUCUCUCUGCUCUCUCUCGCUCUCUCCCUCCUCUUCUCCCUCUCCGCCUUCCUCUCCUCUCCCCUCCUCCCUCUCUAAUCUCAUCUUCUCUCACUCUGUCCUCUUCUUUUCCUCUUUCUCUCUCCUCCUGCUCUUCUCUUUCUCUCUCCCCCUCCCCUCUCUUCUCAGAACAAUGAAGUUCCCUCCCCCCAGAACAAAAAAAAUUGGUAUUAGGCAAUCAGCUAAUAUAAGCACCUGACUGAGAGAGAGAGAAAGAGAGUCACUACAGUAUUACAUAGCAGACCGAGUCAUGUGCAUCAUGGAGCAUCAGAGGAUAAGGCCAGCAGGCCAUGUGGUCUGAUUCCUCUUUGGUUUGGUUAAUAUCUCUAUAAAGGCCUCGUGCUAUGUGUUGGUGGGGGGGGGAAGAGGGGCUCCUUCCAUCAGAUAUAAGGGUCUGACUCAGCUGACUGUGUGCACGUGCGUGUUUGUGUGUGUGUGUGUGUGUGUCUGUAUACAUCCAUGUAUAUCUGUGGAGUGUAUGUGUGUAUUCGUUUGUAGUUGUGUACCUUUGUCUGUGUCAAUGUGUAUGAGUUCAGGUCAGGACUGUGGAUGUAUAUCUAGGCCCUAUGUGUGCUCCAGGGUUUCACAUCCAGAGAUCCAGUGAUAUGAGUGUUAAUUAGAGAGCUAGUUCAGCCCAGAGCUGUUAACAGUGGAGAGGACUGACAGCUUAGGGAUGUUUGUCCUAGGUUGAUGGCCCCAUGGGGCCACAGUCUGACUAAACUAAUCCCAUGUGUAGCCCUCCUCUGUGGGGCUGCGAAGGCCGCCAGCUGCCCCUGGGGGAAUACAGCCUGGCUCGCUCUGCUCUCUGCUGUCACUGCUAAGGCUGAGCUGACAGGAAAAGCCAGCCACCAUCACCCAUUGGCCCAUCUCUCUCUGACACAUCAUGCCACAAAGGCCAUCCCUGAUGAGGUUAUCAGGCGGUUUUCCCAGCACACACACACACACACAGACACACGCACACACACACCCUUCAUCUCCACCCUUCCCCUCCCUCCCUCCCUCAGUGUAUUUAUCUCCAGAGAUGUCCCCUAAUCUGUCAAUCAAACUGAACCACAGUGGUCUCUUACGUAACAGCCUCCAGUGCAGCGACCACGAGAUACAACAUUAAUACCACUCACAACUGAUGCUAAUCAUUAGCCAAUUAUAAACCCACUCUGGGCAUUUUGGAUAUAUUUAUUUCGGAGAGCUUUUUUACCAAAAUUACAUUUGGAAUGUAUAAAAGGGGAAAUAAUAAUUUUGACUGUGUAGAGCUGACAUAGUCUCAAAAGCCCAAUUUAUAGUCCACAGUCGCAGAGCCGUGAUAGUCUGCCGGUCCCGUUUUGACAUAUCUAGGCGUCUCUGCUUACAGUAGCUUUCCUUGAUUAAUUGUGUGUGCCAUCCGCUGCCAUAGAAAGCAUGACCGUGAGGUGUUUCCCAAUUAUCAUCGUCAAAGGAUUACUUCUAGGAUUACUUCAAAUUAAACAGCAUGUUAAUGUUCCUCGUUAGUUCAUUUAUUAAUUAACAAAGUCUUGUCAUUAGAGGGAGUCUCUCUUUCAAAUCCAACCUAAUCCCUUUACUGCCUCUGACAGGAAACCAAAAAGCCUAAAUGUCUCAGGGUGCUGCGAGCGACGCCAAUUAUGCACAUGUUUUAGCAUGCUGGUAUUACAGAAAUUCAUUUGGUCCCAGAGGAGGAGGAAGAGGAUUUGUUGUUUUAUUUACAUUUCAUUCAGUUUUGAGCUCGUAAAUCUAGACUGGGGGACAGAAUCCAAGGAUAAGUGCUACUGAUGUUGUUGUUGAUGUUGUUGUUUGUGCUGCUGCUGCGAUGGCUGCCUCAUUUAAACCAAAGGACAUUAAUGGUCUAGCAACCACACACAAAAAACUAUAUGAGCAGAAUUAUCCACUACUAAAUGACAUACCCUUAAAGGGAUACUUUGAGAUUUCCCCAGAGUCAGAUGAACUCUUGGAUACCAUUUUUAUGUCUCUGCGUUCAAUUUGAAGUAAGUUGCUAACUUGUGUAGACUUCCAGUACUUGCGCUAACGCUAGUUUGCAUUGGCUCACAAAACUAAGUCUAACUUCCUUCAUACUGCAUUCAGAGAAAAAUGGUUUCCACGAGUUCAGAAGUUUCCCUUUAAGAAGAGGAGAAAAUAGCUCUGCUGUACAGUAAUUCAUUUCAAAACAACACUGCAUACUGUAACAGUCCAACGGAUAACAAUGAUGUAACCAUAGUCAUAAUUCAUUCAAAACAACAGUGCAUGUAGCUACUGUUACAGUCAAUUCAAAACCAAACAAAUAAGACAGCGGUGCAGACCAGUAGGUGAGGAAACAACCAUUUAGGGCAGCAGAGUAAACACAUAUAAUUCACAACAGCACCAAGUACCAUGAAUAGCACAACCAUUACUGGGAAGUGAGUGAGCAGCAUGCCCCCCCUGUGUCACAGCACAUCAGUGUAUAUACCGUUUAUACCAUGUACUGGGGUAUUUCGAAAUACCGACGGUAUGAUUUUCAAUACCGUAUAAAAUAAGGAACUAUUUAUUUUGUUAUUUGGGGGGUGCAUUCUAGCCCACUGCUUAUAACUAUAAGUUAAGUAUAACUAUACGAUAUCUAAGAUGUGUCAAAUAAAUUAUGUCCAGCUAAGGGCUCCAGCUAUGCAUUUGGUUUGCUAACUUGCUAGCUAAGUGGCUAGAUGUCAAGAUCAAUAUUCUUGCUUACAGCAGCGAAAAAUAUAUCAAUAUAUAAUUAAUUUGAAAUAGCGCCCCUUGUGUGCACAUUCGGUAAUACCGUAUACCCCGGUAUGGUACAGAAACGGUAUGACAGGAUGAAAAUCUGGAUACCGCCCAACCCUAGCAUAUAUCAUCGCUGACAUGGUGUUUUGCGCUGUGUAUGCUCCAGAGUGUGUGUGUAUGCAUGUGUGUGUGUGUUGUGUGCGCUCCAAAGCUUGUGUGUGUGAGUAUUGUGUGUGUGUGCGUGACCCCGUGCUGUGGCUUGUCAUCCACCUGGAUCAGAGUGUGACAGCAGUAUGAGACACAGGUCACCCUAGGGGUCAGGGUUUUACCCCGCUAUCCCUUGCUCACUGCCUUUGAUUAAUCCCUGCACAGAGCUGUUGCUGGAAAGGGCAAUCCCCCGAUACACACACCACACACAUAUGCAGGAACGCACACACACAUGCAGGAUCGCACACACACACACACACACACACAGCCACACACACACACACGCACGCAGGCACAAACACACACAACACACAUGACACACACACCAGCCAGCUUAGAUGCAGAGAGCGAGAGAGAGAGAGAGAGAGAGAGAGAGAGAGAGAGAGAGAGAGAGAGAGAUAGAGAGAGAGAGCGAGAGGAGAGAGAGAGAGAGAGAUAUAUAGAGAGCUAUCUCGCUCCUCAUAUCUCUCUCUUCUCUCUCUCUCUCGUCUCUCUCUUCUCUCUCUCUCUCUCUCGCUCUCUCGCUCUCUCUCGCUCAUCUCCGUCCGUCUCUUCCUCUUCUCGUUUCUCCUCUACGAUCAAUAGAACUUCUCCUCCCCUCCUAAGGUCUACGUCCCCACCCAUGUCCCCUCUCACCGCUCUGUUUCCAUUCCCGUCAUGUAGGCCUAAUUCCCUAUAACCCACUGGGAAUUACGUAACAGGACAAUAAGUACUGUUGUUUUUUCUGGGAAUGACAAUCAAUGUUAAAACUGGCUAACACUUUACUCUAGGUGUCCUUAUGCAUGCAUUCAUUAAGCCAUUAUUGCGUCUAUAUAACCCAUUAUAACAAUUUGUCAUAAGCUGUCAUAAGUAGUUUGAAAUAGUUAUGAGUUACUGCAUGGUAUGUUAUUAAACCUUUUAUAAUGGGUGUUAAAAAUGGCUGUUCAUCCUAUUAUCACAUGCUCUAAUGUCAACUCUUAAUAACAAUGGCUAUUACACAGUCUGCAUGACAACUUAUGUCAUAUGUUAUUACAUGCUGCAUAAGAGUCUACAUACCAGAUGUUAAAACAGGGUCAUAUGUUAUUUACCAACCUCUGUGUCACAUUAUUACGUUGAAUGGAAUGACGGGCGUCAUAACCAUGUCAUAUGCCCUUAUAUAGUGUGCACAGACACCUUAAGUAAAGUGACAAUAAUUUGAUGAAUUUUAAAAUGGUUAUGAAUGUGCUUAUACCACAGGAUUAGUUGAGAGUAUCACAAAACUUUGCCAUUCAUAGGAUCUCCAAGAAACAUGGGCAAAUGGGAGCACAGAUGUACUUAGGAUUUGUAUUGAUUUAAAAAAGAACACAUAAUACCAACAACUUGCUAAGAAAACACAGAAAUUGUUUAAAUGAAACAGACAACAAAAUUAACAUUGCUGGGGCACAACCAGAUUUGUGACAGCUGUGAAAAAAUGAAUAUAUUGAGUAACAAUGACAGCUAUGUUAUGAAAUCAGGUAAAAGUAGCUAAUUGCAAUUGCAACAUUUCAUUGGCCCACCAAUGAUUAGCUAUCUAGCUAACAAUCUGCUAGCGCUAGCUAGCUAACUUCACUAGCAACAGAUGGAAUGAAAAACUGUACUCAGUAGCACAUUGCAUAUUAAAGGUUCUAUGGUUCUAUGUGCGCAAAUUCUAUGCUUCCCGUUCUUAAAGUUUUGUUUUUGCAUCUUUUACUUUUGGUUUUGUACACCAGCUUCAAACAGCUGAAAAUAAAAUAUUUUUGCGUACAGAAUUUUUUUUUCACAGCGGUUUAGAUGGUACAAUGAUUCUCUACACUAUACUUGCUUGUUUUGUCACAUAAACUGAAAUUAGGCGAACUAUUCGAAUUUUAGCAACCAGGAAAUGGUGGAGCGAUUUCUGCAUAGUGCACCUUUAAUUCAUGUUAUUUAACUCAAGCUAAAUAAUGUUAUUAUUAUCCAUGUUAUUUGCUUUGCCACAUGAUGAGCUGACAUCUCUUCUCUUCUCCCAUUUUAUGUUAAUCGGCACCCUUCUUCCAAUUUCAGCGAUAUGAUUCGCUGGCACAAGAGCUCUCAAUAACGUUUCAUUGGAUCUCCAAACUGUUCAUGAAAUUUCAGCUAUAUGUUUCGCUGACACAAAUGGACAGUUUGCAGAUCCAAUGAAAAGUUAUUGAGCGCUCUUGUGUCAGCGAAUCAUAUCGCUGAAAUCAGAAGAAGAAGGGUGGGAUAAUGUUAGUUAGAUUGAGUUAAACAAUGUGAAAAGAAAAAGUAAUUAAGUUAAAAGUAUACGUGAAAGAGAAUGUAUUGUGUGAUGUGCUGCAAAGUAAGCUUUAUAAUUUGGAAUUCCUCCUUUAGGUAGCAAACUAGCUAGCUAGCUAUGCAUCGAUGGGGCACUGCUCAUGCUCAUGUCAUGCCACUACGGUGUGAAUGGCUAGCUAACUACUGUCAAGUAUACUGUCAAACAAAACACAUUGUUUGGACUGUGUAGAACAGGGCUCUCCAACCCUGUUCCUAGUUACUUGACUGACUAGCUAGCUAAUUAGAUAGCUAACUACCCAUUUUUUGUAUAAUAUAGCUGCUGUCUUUGUUACUGUAGCCUGCACAUCUGACUUUUUUCACAGCUGUCACAAAUUCUGUUGUGCCCCAGCAACGUUGAUUUAGUUGUGUAAAAUUAUUUUUGCUUCUAUUUCGUUUCAACAUGUUUGCGUUUUCUUGGCAAGUUGUUGAUAUUAUAAUGUGUACUUUUUUUUCAGUACAUCUGUGCUCCCAUUUGCCCAUGUUUCUUGGUGAUCCUUUAAAUGGUAACGUUUUGUGAUACUUUCAACUCAUCCCGUGGUAUAACUGUUUUAUAACAUCUGAAAUUAAUGUAACUUUACUUCAGGUGUCUGUGCACUCUAAAAGGGCAUAUGACAUGGAUGUGAAUGACAUAAAUGAGCCUAUCAUUCCAUUCAAUGUAAUAAUGUGACACAUAGGUUCGUAAGUGACAUAACACCCUGUUAUAACAUCUGGUAUGUAGACUGUUAUGUAGCAUGUAAUAACAUAUGACAUAAGUUGUAAUGCAGACUGUAUUAUAGCACUUGUUGUUAACCAUUGACAUUAGAGCAUAUGACAACAGGAUGAACAGUCAUUUUUAACACACAUUAUGACUGUUUUUUUAACGUCUAAUGCCAAAGUACUUAUGACAGCUUAUGACAAUUGUUAUAGUGUGUUAUAUAGAUGUUAUAAAGGCUUUAUGAAUCCAAUGCAUGCAUAAUGACACCUACAGUAAAGUAUUACCGAAAACUGUCAGGUAGGGAGAGAGAGAGAGAGAGAGAGAGAGAGAGAGAGAGAGAGAGAGAGAGAGAGAGAGAGAGAGAGAGAGAGAGAGAGAGAGAGAGAGAGAGAGAGAGAGAGAGAGAGAGAAAAGUAAGUGCUAAUGGAAUGUGGGUGUAUACCGCAGGGCAUGACGCUAUAGUCCUCUUUUAUAAAGUGUAAAAAGAACGUCCUCCACCCCCUUCCCUCCCUCCUUUUACCCCCUCACGCCUGCUGACAUUUCUGGUAUUUUCUUCUCCUUUGCUGUGUACUUAGAUGCAUUAUUUGACAGAAAUAAGAGCAAUACCCUUCUGAUAAUAGCUUUCUUUUCUGGAUAUUUAUAUAUUUAGUUGUGGUUCUUGUUGCUAGGCUGAUUCCAGUGUUGGGGCAGAAAAGCCUCCAGUUAGUCAGUGUAAAGAUAUGGCAGUCGGGGACAUUUCACAGGUGCUGGACUUGACAUCAUUGACAGGAUGUGCGAGCAGAUUUGAUUGGCUGAAUACAGGAAACAAUAAUGAGGGAGACAGACAGGGUAGGCAGGCUGUGCCAAGUGGACUGAUGCUUUCACAGCAUGUCUCUGUUUGUCAGAAUAAUCCGCAGAAAGUGGAACCAAAUUUGACAUUUCAAUUAAGACACGCUCUCCCCCAAAUCCAUCGUCACCCCAACUCAUUUUUCACUCACUCUCUCUCUCUUUCUUUCUCACUGCAUUUCUUUCUCUCUCCAUUUCUAUCCGCAAUUGUCUCUUUAUCUGCCUUUCUCUUUCUCUCUCUCUCUCUUUCUCCUUCUACCCCCAUCCCCCUCUCCCCCCUCUAUCUUUCCCCCUCUCUUCUUCUCCCUCUUUCUCCAAUCUUUUUCUCCACGCUGCAUCAGACACUAAUCUCAUCAUCUGGGAUCCCCUCUGAGCGUCCUCAUAUUCUCCCAUCACCAGUGUUAAUAACCAUACUAUCCCCAUACAUCCCCUCUUAGUGGACCCACUAUGUGUAGAUAGGAAGCGAGGAUAAAAUGUGUAAGAGCAAAAUAAAAGAGAGAGAGAGAGAGAGAGAGAGAGAGAGAGAGAGAGAGAGAGAGAGGAGAGAGAGAGAGAGAGAGAGAGAGAGAGAGAAGAAAGUAGACAGGCCGCCUACAUAGAGGCAAAGUGAAGGAGACAGAGCAAGAGAGAGAGAGAGAGAGAGCGGAGAGAGAGAGAGAGAGAGAGAGAGAGAGAGAGAAGAGAGAGAGAGAGAGAGAGAAGGAGUCAGAGAAAGUGAGACAUAGAGAGAAGGAUAGAAACAGAAAGAGAGUCAUAGCCAUUCUAUGACAGUCUCCCAGGGGAGAUAGUGUGUGUUGGAUGACCCUAUUUCUAUCAUGGAUCAUCACUAAAGGAUGUGACUGCAGGAACAUAUUUAACAACUUGUCAGAUGGCUAUUUAUAUCAACGUUCUAAUCCAGGUUGUUUAGAGGGAAAGGGAGGGUGUCAUUCUGUCUUCCUGUCUCUGGAGCUAACAGAGGGCAAAGGUUAGCUCCCACAUUUUAGUGACCCUGAAAAAUAGCACAGGUGAUUUUCAAAUUUAAUAUAAGUGCUAUUUUUGUUCAUUUUGGCUCUUUGUCGGUACCUUUUAAAGGAACUCAGGGUUGUUCCAGAGCCUCUAAAGCUCAUAUCACCACCCUCUAUAUCUUGUUGAUGUUCUCUUUGUUUGGUAAGCGUGAUUUUAACAGCAACACGGACAGAUUUAUGAACAUGCUGCACUGCUGAGUAAGCAUUCAGGGGAAUAAGGGAUGGGUGGAAGAGAGGAACAAAUCUAUUCGACGACAACAUGGAGGAAGCUGUGGUCUUCUGUGAUGUGGCUCAGAGUGAAACUGAGUGGUUUUCUUUUGUGACUAAAAUGUUGUAUUUUCCUUUUCAAAAAUGAGCAGCAUAACAGAUGACACAGCACAUAACAACAGUAAAAAAAAAAAAUAUAUAUAUAUAUAUAUAUAUAUAUGUUGUAUUGUCACAAACAGUACACUGGAUAGGUGCAGUGAAAGGUGUUUUACAGGGUCAACCGUAGUAGUAGUGUGCCCUGGAGCAAAUUAGGGUUAAGUGCCUUGCUCAAGGGCACAUUGAAGCCCAAAACGUAAUGUUAUCUCCAGGUCCAUGUUCCGUUAUAAAACAACAUCUGUGUAUAGAUAGAUCUGUAUAGCUUUCCUUAACUGCAUACUGCUCUCUUCUCUCUGCAGUAUUACUGGCUGUUCGUCCUGUCCAGGGGCCUGGUGGGGAUAGGUGAAUCCAGCUACUCUUCCAUCUCUCCUACCAUCAUUGGAGACCUCUUCACCAAUAACAGCCGAACCAUGAUGCUCUCUGUCUUCUACCUGGCUAUCCCCCUGGGAAGGUAAGUGGUCCCUUAGAACAACCCCCCCCCCCCCCCCCCCCCCCCAAACAUAGGGUUAUGGUCACAAUAUGGAGAUAAAUACAUCGCUAUGGCCACAACAGCUCACAGCUCAUAGGAAAUGGAGGUGAAUGAUGAUAGUGAUUGGGAAUUGUCUUUUCCUCCUUGUUUGAAUUCCAAUGCAUGCUGAAUAUCAAUAGCUGAGCUCUCUCAGAGACAGACAGUCAGCUUGCAGACAUUUAGGAGAAAGGAAUCGAGGAGAGGAGAGGAGAGGAAGGCAUGGCGAAUAGAAUUUGACUGAAAGUUUAUCAGUGAAAUCAUCCUUGCUCUCUAAAGGUCAGCAGACGUCCCCAUCUAGCCAGUCUGCCUCUUUGUGUCUGCCCUCUACCCACCCACCCAGACAGACACAAAACCCACCCAGGCAAACGAGGGAAGAAAUAGAAGAGAUUGAACUAAAUAAAGAAGAUUCUAAAAGAGCUGAGAGACGUUCUCAGAGGGGAAGGGAUGGAGGGAGGGAUGAGGGAGUCUUUCUUUAGAUAGUAAGGGGUAUUAAGCACAAAGCUCUGGCCUUUUCAGUUAAUUCAGUUGGAAAAAGGAGGAAGAAAACCAACAAAGAGUUCAAAAAAUGUGGUCCUGGUCGGUGGAAGGAUGGAUGGAUGCGGUGCGGAGCAGAGCGGCACUCAGGGUUUAGGCUUAUUAACUGUGGAGAGUCCCCACAGUGCACUGCUUCAGAGCCUCUGCUGGGGAUGCGGCUGAAUGAUGCGGCAGCACACUGUUUUGUUCCCAUCUCACACAGAAGCAGCCAAAGUCAGACACACAGAGAGACGCUAUGUGAAUGAGAAACACACUGCAGUCGCACAGAGCCAGGCCAUUGCUAGGCUAUCUCUGGCUGCAGUCCUUUCAAUCAUUUUACUUUAGUUCAUCUGAAGUGUUACCUACUUCGCCCUCAUUAGUUCAUAUGAUGUGUCAAUCGUGUCAAUGAACCUGCAUUUUAAGAUAGAGAAGAUGUAGCUAACAUAAUACAACUAAUAUAUCAUGUUCGGGUUGUUCUGCAUCAACAUAUCAUAGGAAAAGUUCCCAAUUGCUAAACUUGCUCUGCCAUUGAAGUGCUUGAAAGAGAAAGCAGCAAAUGCCAGCAACACUAUCAGCCUUUAUUAUGGGAAUUCCAAUAUGACAUUACAUGCAGUCAACUAAUAGUAUCGAUGGCAGAUUGAAUGCAGUUGGAGAGACAGACAGGAAAGAACAUAAAUGUUUCCUCUGAGGAGUUCUGGUAUGCUGAGCCUUUAGAUGUCGCUCGGCAACAGAAACAAUAGGAGGUGAAAGAGUUGGGCCUCAGUAAAGAGCCAACAAACAGCACUCUCCCCCUGAUUGUUUAUCUUUACCAGGGUUGUUGUGACCGUUUCCAGGAAGUGACCUCAGGGUUCACAGGAAAUGGGUUCCCCCCCCUCAGUAAAAUCCCUCAAAUUAACCCCAAUAGCCUAAUCUAUAAACUUGGCCUAUGAAGAGUAUACGGCUGUAUCCCAAAUGGCACCCUAUUCCCUAUAUAGUGCACUACUUUUGACCAGAGCAUAGGGUGCCAUUUGUGACAAAGCCUGGGUAUCCUACCCUACCUCCCCAGGGCUAGAGGGGUGACAGUAUUUUUCAUGCCUGUAUGAGUUUUAGUGGCAGUCACUCAGUUGAAAUAUCAUUUACAGCCUGAGCUUGUUUCACUGUUAUUUCUGGAGCACUAAUCAGUUUAGCACAACAAUGUAGACUGUUUCCCCCCCUAGUCCCCAUCCUGUCCCUCUGUGUGCACCUAUGUUUGCGUGAGCCUGCACUCCCUCCAGACAGAGAGGCUCAUUGAAACUCUCAUAACCUUUUGAAAGCCUAAUAUGCUGAUAAGAACCCCAUUGUAAGGCCCUGUUGGCUGCUCCAGACCAUCCAUCAAUCUAUCCCUCCUAAUGCUCUUAAUGGUCAACACCCAGUCUCCUGUCCGGCCCACGGUCCUGUGGUACACUACAGACAGACAGGCUAGCUCGGCUGGCCCAAGGAGCUCUGGGAACACAGGAAGUAGGAAGUGUGCGUGACAUGGAAUGUUGGGUCGGGGGGAAACGCCCAACUCAAGGAGGCUGAUACAGUAGAAAGAUGGCGGAUGCCCAAUACUGGUUUUAUGGGACCAACGGGGUACCAACAUGUCCAGACCAGUGUAAACUUAGACUUCCCACACUUCCAAUAAGACAGCAAUAGGUGGACCACUGUUCAAACAUAUUUGAUAUUGAUAUCAGAUAUUGACAACAAGGGGACAUCCUUCUUUCAUCAGUAACUCAUCAUCCUUAGCCCUAAAUUGACUUUUUUUCAAAGCUGGAGAAAUGGGGACAAAAUGGCCUAACAUGGACAUCUGAAGAGGUCAUCCACUUCAGCUAAUCAGGAUCCUAUUGGCUGUUUUACCAGAUCAAAUCAAAUCAAAUGUUAUUUGUCACAUGCGCCGAAUACAACAGGUGUAGACCUUACAGUGAAAUGCUUACUUACAAGCCGUUAACCAACAAUGCAGUUUUAAGAAAAAUUAAAAUAACAAAUAAUUAAAGAGCAGCAGUAAAAUAACAGUAGCGAGGCUAUAUACAGAGGGUACCGGUACAGCGUCAAUGUACGGGGGCACAGGUUAGUCGAGGUAAUUGAGGUAAUAUGUACAUGUAAGUAGAGUUAAAGUGACUAUGCAUAGAUAAUAAACAGAGAGUAGCAGAUAGGAUCCUAUUGGCUGUUUUACCAGAUAAUCUCCCCAUCUAACAGCCCUGACUGGCCCUCAUUGAUUAUCUUCCCUCUCUAAACCCUCUGGGCUCUAUUUUAUCAAACUUAACGCAAUGGUAAGCACUGACAGAAACGCUAUUGGUGUUACAGAAAUAUGUUUGAUAUUUUCACAGCCGUUAUUAUGAGCGCAAUAGCUGGCGGUGGCGAAAGGGCUGGGUUUUGAUGAAUAAGCAAGUUGUAGGUGUGAUGAAGGCUUGGCCACUCACUGCCCAAUCAAGGCGUUCCAUGGCUUAAUACUGCAUGCGUUUGUCUGAAGUUCUGUAGGUUAUUGACAGUCUUUGCGUUGCCAUCAACUCCAAUUCAGCUCGGGGUACUGAAUAUUCUUGUCCUAGUCCAUUGUGGAUUGAUACUACAGUUUAUUAAAUAGCAUAGGCUACAGUAACAAGUGAUAGCAACAGUAAAAAAAAACAUCCGGUGUUUGCUCAGUAUGUUUGGAGUGUUGACAGUCAACAUUGUUGUAAUUGGCUUCAAUGGCUUUAGGCCUGUACUCAUGGCAUUCUCAACAAACAAACAAAUACUAGGCUCCUGUAAAUGAUAUUGUAUGUGUGAGGCACGUUCUCAAUAAGCAAGAUCUAACCUAGGCUUACCGUUGAUAUGGCGUUAUAGGACUGACAAAUUUGAAUAGCCGAUGUUUGGAGCAGCACGUCUUUGUUAACCAGACAAGAGGCACUCUUUGGAAAUGGGGAUACCCCAAUGGAGUAUGCACUGCAGGUAGGCCUAUGUGAAUUGUGAAUAAUGCAAAAAGCAUGUCGGCAAAAGCCUCAAGAGUAUACCAUUUAGAAACCUUUUAUGGAUAGGCUAGUUGGCUAAUGCAUAGCCAAGAUAAGAAGGAGACCAGAGACAUUGCUGUUGAACCAGUGUUCAUUAUAGUAGGAUAAGGGUAGCAUACUAAGGACUUUUUUAACAAAGGAAACAGAAAACAAGCAAUUGUUACAGGAAAAAAACUUAAAUGUUUCUACUGUAAAUGCAAGUGUAACUUGAUUAUGUAACUUGUGGUCCUCUGUAGCUCAAUUGAUAGAGCAUGGCGCUUGUAACGCCAGGGUAGUGGGUUCGAUCCUCGGGACCACCCAUACAUAAAAAUGUAUGCGCACAUGACUGUAAAUCGUUUUGGAUUAAAGCGUCUGCUAAACGGCAUAUUAUUAUUAAUAUUAUUAUUAUCUCAUCUCUCGUUCCAUGAUAGGCAUAUGGCCUACAAUAUAAUAACAGGAACUGGCUAAAAUAAUGUACAGCCUACGUAGAUAAGAAGGGGAUGUCUGCUCACUGUUUUGCUGCUGCCAAACUUGAUCUUUUAAGAUUAAGAUUUAUUUCAAAGCGGUCUUACAAGCCAAACCCUUUAUGGAUAGUCUUGACUACUUGGCAAAUGCAUUGGGCAGGAUAAAAACAAACAGCAGUUGAGAGGAGGGGAGGCUAUGCUUGAUUUUUAAUUAAAUGAAACGAACAUACGUUUUUUAUACGAGGUUUACAGGCACAAAAAAUAUAUCUCUCUUGUUUGACAUCAGAUAGGCUGCGCUUCCGUUUCCAUGCGAUAACCAUCCGCGUGACCACUAAGACCAGCUUUCGGGUGGUCAUAAAUAUCCCAACCAGUGCACACUGAAAUUGGCACGUUGGCGCACGUUUUUAAGGACACACCUCAGAUAUUUGUCACCCCUCCCACCUCAGCGCAAGCAAGCUCCUAUAAAACAGGUAAAUUACCAAUCCUGGCGCUUCAAAAGCGUUCUUUUGACAAUUUGCUGGCUUAACGCCAGCCGAAAAUUGAGCCCUCUGUCCUUGGAAUACGGUGAUGUUAUCUGCUACUGAAGGGAUUAGUUUGUCGUGCGUGCAUGCUUUUGAAGGGUUUAGCUCGGAAUAGAUGGGGUUUGAUGUAAUCUGAUCUAGGGUCAAUUCCUUCAGAACAUGUGGUUAUGGUUAAUAUUCUACUGUGGAACAGAUAGAAUAGGCUAAACAGGCCCAGUCUGAUCAAAUCAAUGAAGUAAAUACAUUAUUCAGGUGGGGUCACACAUUCCUCGGGUGGGAUGCUGACUAAUGGAAGAUAAAUUCAGUCAGACAACUUUACUUAACUGUCAUCGUAUUGACAUGUACUGUAUGUUAAAGAAGCACGCCCUUCUUUGAAAAACACACCUAGGAUAAUAACCGAUGCAGAAAGCAGACUGGACUCUGAUAGCGUUGACAAAUAGAGGGACAUCCGUGUGACUGAGUGAAUAAUAGCAUGUAGUUAGUAUUGUCUGUCUGUCUGUCUGUGUGUUGUGUAGUAAUGACUUCAGAGACACAAGGCAUCAUGAGAAAUUGGAUGCUUGAUAUCCAGACAGAAUUUUUAAGACACAACCAUCUGGGCUCUGGAACAGUCAUUCCUUAACCGCACGCAUGUACACACUCACACACUCACACAGACAGUGACAAAUUGACAGACAAGCAGCUACUGUAGCUUUUAUCAGUGGAAGCAUCAUAUCCCGUCCACACCAAGGACCCAAACCCAACCCAACACAGACUCAUUAAACCUCUUAUCAGAGAAUAAGCAUGAUAUACAGAGGCUGAGAGUGGAAACAAAAGAUAACAGAGCUUUAGGUCACUCAGUGACGGUAUCCAACAGUCUGACUCUGAUUCAUCAGUUCUGAAUGUAUUCAUACACCAAUAAUAAUUGUUCCUUUCCACACAGUAUGUGUGAGUGUGUUUCACGUGGAGGACAAAUACAGACAUCCUGAUGACUCAGAACUGAGGACAGACAGCCGUCCUGACAGAGGUGUUACAGAGGGACCAUAGACAGUUCAGACAGACCAGCAGAGUACAACUCUCUACACAGAUGGGUUGCCUCCCGCAAUGUACCAAUGUCCCGAGUGGCGCAGCGGUCUAAGGCACUGCAUCUCAGUGCUUGAGGCGUCAGUACAGACCCCCUGGUUCGAUUCCGGGCUGUAUCACAACCGGCCGUGAUAGGGAGUCCCAUAGGGUGGCACACAAUUGGCCCAGCGUCGUCCGGGUUUGGCCGGUGUAGGUGUUAAGAAUGUGUUCUUAACUGACUUGCCUAGUUAAAUAAAGGUAAAAUAAAAUAGAAAAUUAACACGUUUGUUCGUAAACAACGUCAGUUUGGUGUAGAGGAAAAGGCGGAGUUGGGACAUCUGGCUUUCCUACGUCUGCCUACAUCACUGCCUUAUCCGCUUGUUGAUCUAGCAAAAACAUCCCCCGGACAUUCUAAUCCCCGCCUACCCAAACUUGUGAUUUGUUGAGGGAGUUGUCUGUCUGGAGAGGACCCUCCCCAUAAAAAAUGUUUUUCUCCUUUUUCAAAGUUACCAAGAGUGUCCGUCAUUAAUCCCAGACGUAGUCACUGCUGUUGCCUAGGUCUGGGUUUUCGAGACUACUUCCCCACUGCUGAGGGACAAUAGAUGUCUCGGAGAGAGAGACAGAGUCAGACAGAGAAAGAGAGUCAGAUAGAGACAGUCAGACUGGAGACAGUCAUACACACUGUAAAAAAAUUCUGUUGAUUCAACGUACUAUUGCAAGGCAAAAAGCUACAAUUGGAUUGCGAGUUUGCUCAACAAAAAUGUUGUGUUGUGCAAACUAACACUCCUAUUGCAGCUGGUUGCCCUACAUUGAAUCAACACAUAUAUAUAUAUAUAUAUAUAUAUAUAUAUAUAUAUAUAUAUAUAUAUAUAUACAGAAAGACAGUCAGACACUUCCCCACUCAGACAGUCAUCAUCCCAACAUGUGGGCUUGUUAAUAAUUUACCACCGGCAAGUCAACAGACAGCAGCCCAAACAGAUAACAAUGUCAGGAAAAGUAAGGAAGAAGUGUAUCAGGAAGAGUACGUUGUAUGAAAUUUCACCAUUGGGAUUAAUCAAGUAUCUUUAAAUGUGUGUGCGUGCUGUGCUCCUUCUGAAACUCAUUCAAAAUCAAAAAUCAAAAUAUAACGAGCGGCAAAGUAGUCAACAGACAUUCCCAUUUUAUAUAUAUAUAUAUAUAUAUAUAUAUAUUGGACGUUAUUUUUGGCCAUGCAGGUUCUGUGAAAAGUUUGGACUCAAUAGGCCUAUGUGCGAUGCCCAUUGAAUGAAAGGUGUCAGUGACUGUAUGAAGUCUGUUUAGGAACUUCAAGUUAUUACAAUAACUUAUAGUUUUUCCUUUAUCAUUAAAAAAAAUUUGCAUCUUCAACUUUCAUCUGUUUGACGUAAAUGUCAAAUCGCGGGAAUUCCGGACCGCUUGUAGCCUAAGCUAUUUGCCUGUUCGUUUGUUUACCGUUCACGUGAGGAAGUCACUAACAGGCCAUAUCAAGGUGAUGGUAGGAUAAUCUUAUUAUAACGUUUGGUCAAUGUCCAAUUUCCAUGACUCGAACAUGUAGUUCAUUUUUUAAAUGCGAAUGCAAUGUGUGUAGACAAAUAUUUCCAUGUUGAAGCCAAUAAAAAAAGAAAACUACAUUGGCUACAUGUUUGUUAUAACUAGGUCUAUUGUAGGGUUAGUGUAUAGUAUUUAAUAAACUAUAUUCCAUGGAUAGAACAAACAUCCAUGCCUCCUGCUGAAGAGCCUUUAAGCCUACCACACAGUGCAUUCCUAUUUGAAGCGUCUCUCUCUCUCUCUCUCUCUCUCUCUCUCUCUCUCUCUCUCUCUCUCUCUCUCUCUCUCUCUCUCUCUCUCUCUCUCUCUCUCUCUCUCUCUCUCUCUCUCUGUCUCUGUGUGUCUCUCUCGGUCUCUCUCUCUCUCUCUGUGUGUCUGGCCAUCCAACUGGGGGAUACCUGCUCUGCUAUCAAGUGCAAGGGCUAUCUAUCUAUCUGUCUACCUUAGUGGGUCAUUCUGGAGUAAAUCGUGAAUUCCUAUGACUCUACUCAGCCGUGUUGUUAGAGACCAUGAUCAAAAAUCAAAAAGGUCAGCUGAAUGCUAUAGUGUAGGUCGAGGUUGGUUUUAUUGGAUUGUUCUCCUUCUUUAUCCAGGCAGCAAUGUCUAACCAAUCGUCCCCUUCUCCUCUUGUUUCCUCCAGCGGGCUGGGCUACAUCCUGGGCUCCAGUGCAAAGGAGGCUGCAGGGGACUGGCACUGGGCAUUAAGGGUAAGACCAUCAUCAUCACCUCAUCCUUACAUGUCCUCCCCCGACACACACUCGAUGGGGGGUUGCAGUAUGGGGCGGACGGUGGGCAGUCCCCAUCAUCAUGACAUCAUCCCUCAUCAUCCUCAUUAUCAUCAUCAUCUUCAGCACCGUCAUGUCCUCUCCUGACACACACACUUCUGGGAUGGGGCAGGAGUGAGGGGGUUUACUAGUGACAUCAGUGACAGAGAAGGGGGGCUUAAGGAAAUGCGCACGCACACGUGCACGUACUGUAUACACACCCACUCACUCACACACACACACACACACACACAUCAUGCCUCUGUUUAUCUGCCUUGGCCACCUUGGUUACUUCUGAUAAGGCAUCGCUUGACUUAAUGAAACCCUGAAUGGAUGAGUGAAAGAUGACGAACAACACUGACACUAGAAAAUGAGAGGGUUGAUUUUUAUGGUAGUUCAAUGUUGUGUCACAAAUGGCAACCUAUUGCCUAUUUAGUGCACUACUUUUGAUCAGGUUCCAUAGGGUUUGGGUCAAAAGUAGUGCACUUAAUGGGGAAAAGGGUGCCAUUUGGGACAAAACCCCAAAGCUGAUAGAAGCUCCUGACCCUGAUCUCAGUGGCUGAAAACACGUUAAUGUUCCAUUACCCUCUGGGUCCCUGGGGUCCUUCCUACCAGUGACAUAUCAAAUCCCACUCUAAUGAAAUAACAGAGUCUCAGUGUCUGUCUCUCUAACCUGGCCACAGUCUCUUUCUCAGUGGUCUCUUUGUAGGGAUGAGGUACAAGGAGGAGGUGCAUUAGAGGAGGUGCAGGGUGAGGUUUGGCCUGCCACAAAGAGACAUUUGUUUAAAGUAUUUGGCCCACCGAAUACCCUAUGGAACUCCAAUAAUAGCAAACUGAAUAGUAUUAAAUCAAAAGCUCAUUUUAGCAACUUGAUGUAAUUAAUCUGACCAAAUUAGUUGGAAUUAGCUGGAAUUAUGUACCUUAAUGAGCCAUUUCAUAAAGAGGAAAUGAUAUUCCCGCUUGGCAUACAUAUGCAUAUUAUGCAUAUUCAUGGACAGGCACAUAUGCCUGUAUUUAACCAGGGAAGAUAAAUAUCUGUUGUCAUGUUGCUUCGUUAUUGCUACAUCACCACCAUUGAAACACUAGGUGCUCUGUUAAGGCGGUGCUAGUGUCAAACUCAUGCUCUUUAGCAAUUUCGACUUGUAAAAGCCAGCACUCUGCUUUUUUCCUGGCGCCAGGGUUGGCAAUUGACCUGUCUUAUAUCAGCUCACUUGCGCUGAGGAGGAAGGUGGGAAAUAUUUGAGGCGUGUCCUUAAAAACGUACGCCAAUGUGCCAAUUUCAAGCAGCGCUACUGGUGAUAUUUAAAACUCACCCAAAGCUGGUCUUAGCGGUAACGCAAUUGGUUAUGGUGUACAUUUUUCAAACAGCUCUUACACAAAAUGGGCAUUAUCAUCAUGUUCACAUUUUCACACUAUUAUCCUAACCUCAUAGUGUGGAAAAGUAUAUAAAACACAGGAAAAUCUAAAAUCUAAAUAUAACGAGCGGCAAAGUAGUCAACAGACAUUCCCAUUUUUAUAUAUAUAUAUUGGACGUUAUUUUUGGCCAUGCAGGUUCUGUGAAAAGUUUGGACUCAAUAGGCCUAUGUGCGAUGCCCAUUGAAUGAAAGGUGUCAGUGACUGUAUGAAGUCUGUUUAGGAACUUCAAGUUAUUACAAUAACUUAUUGUUUUUCCUUUAUCAUAAAAAAAAAAAUUGCAUCUUCAACUUUCAUCUGUUGGAUGUAUAUGUCAAAUCGCGGGAAUUCCGGACCGCUUGUAGCCUAAGCUAUUUGCCUGUUCGUUUGUUUACCGUUCACGUGAGGAAGUCACUAACAGGCCAUAUCAAGGUGAUGGUAGGAUAAUCUUAUUAUAACGUUUGGGCAAUGUCCAAUUGUCCAUGACUCGAACAUGCAGUUCAUUUUUGAAAUGCGAAUGCAAUGUCUGUAGACGAAUAUUUCCAUGUUGAAGCCAAUAAAAAAAGAAAACUACAUUGGCUACAUGUUUGUUAUAACUAGGUCUAUUGUAGGGUUAGUGUAUAGUAUUUAAUAAACUAUAUUCCAUGGAUAGAACAAACAUCCAUGCCUCCUGCUGAAGAGCCUUUAAGCCUACCACACAGUGCAAUGGAACGAGAAAUGCAAUUUAUGAUAUCAUGCUUCUGACCCUAUCCUAUUUAGAAAUGCUGUUGUUGGUUUAAAAAAACGGAUUGAUUUGUUUUUCGUUUAAUUUGAUUUAAAACCAAACUCAUUAAAAAGAUUCACCGUCCAUGGGUUUAUGGUAAGAACAUAUAUAUGGCUUGAAUGCAAUGCAAUUUCGUCUGCUUUUUCUGGAGAACUGCAAAUAUGAGCUGUAAGACGGUUACAUAAUGUUUAUAAAACAUUACAUCUGUGAGCAGUAGAACGGUGAGUGGCCAUUUCCCCUUUCUCUUCUGUAUUAUACGCCCACAGGGAGCAAUUAUAGUGCCUGUAACUAUAUGUAGACAUAUAUUUAGCCUAUUUAAAACAAGUUGUUGUUUAGUUUUUAUUAGAAUUUGAUUCAAAUGAUACACUAUCUUUUUAGGCCUUAUCAAUAGCCUAGUGAAUUGAAUCUUCCUACGUUUGGCGUGUCCAUGUCCAGACUGCAAUUUAUGGUAGGCCUAGCCCAUGUAUCAGAGGGAUUGCUACAGCCUGCAUUGCAUUCAGAAAGUAUUCAGACCCCUUGACUUUUUCCACAUUUUGUUACGUUACAGCCUUAUUCUAAGAUUGAUGAAAUUGUUUUUCUUCCUCAUCAAUCUACACACAAUACCCCAGGUUUUUAGAAACGUUUGCAAAUGUAUUAAAACAAUUAAACUGAAAUAUCACAAGUAUUCAGACCCUUUACUAGUACUUUGUUGAAGCACCUUUGGCAGCGAUUACAGCCUCGAGGCUUCUCGGGUAUGAUGCUACAAGCUUGGCACACCUGUAUUUGGGGAGUUUCUCCCAUUCUUCUCUGCAGAUCCUCUCAUGCUCUGUCAGUUUUGAUGGGGAGCGUCGCUGCACAGUUAUUUUCAGGUCUCUCUAGAUGUUUGAUCAGGUUAAAGUCUGGGCUCUGGCUGGGCCACUCAAGGACAUUCAGAGACUUGUGCCGAAGCCACUCCUGCAUUGUCUUGGCUGUGUGCUUAGGGUCGUUGUCCUGUUGGAAGAUGAACCUUCUCCCCAGUCUGAGGUCCUGAGCGCUCCGGAGCAGGUUUUCAUCAAAGAUCUCUCUGUACUUUGCUCCGUUCAUCUUUCCCUCGAUCCUGACUAGUCUCCCAGUCCCUGCCGCUGAAUAACUUCCCCAUAUCAUGAUGCUUCCACCACCAUGCUUCACCAUAGGGAUGGUGCCAGGUUUCCUCCUGACGUGACGCUUUGCGAAUUCGGCCAAAGAGUUCAAUCUUGGUUUCAUCAGACCAGAGAAUCUUGUUUCUCAUGGUCUGAGAUUCCUUUAGGUGCCUUUUGGCAAACUCCAAGCGGGCUGUCAUGUGCCUUUUUACUGAGGAGUGGCUUCCGUCUGGCCACUCUACCAUAAAAGCCUGAUUGGUGGAGUGCUGCAGAGAUGGUUUUCCUUCUGGAAGGUUAUCCCAUCUCCACAGAGGAACUCUGGUGCUCUGUCAGAGUGACCAUCAGGUUCUUGGUCACCUCCCUGACCAAGGCCCUUCUCCCCUGAUUGCUCAGUUUGGCCAGACGGCAAGCUCUAGGAAGAGUCUUGGUGGUGCCAAACUUCUUCCAUUUUCCUGAGGACCGUCAAUGCUGCAGACAUUUUUUGGUACCCUUCCCCAGAUCUGUGCCGCGACACAAUCCUGUCUCUGAGCUCUACGGACAAUUCCUCGACCUCAUGUCUUGGUCUUUGCUCUGACAUGCACUGUCAAGUGUGGGACCUUAUAUAGACAGAUGUGUGCCUUUCCAAAUCAUGUCCAAUCAAUUGAAUUUACCACAGGUGGACUCCAAUCAAGUUGUAGAAACAUCUCAAGGAUGAUCAAUGGAAACAGGAUGCACCUGAGCUUAAUUUCGAGUCUAAUAGCAAAGGGUCUGAAUACUUAUGUAAAUAAGGUAUUUCUGUUUUUUAUUUUUCAUAGAUUUGCAAAAUAAAUGUACAAUCCUGUUUUCGCUUUGUCAUUAUGGGGUAUUGUGUGUAGAUUGAUGAGGGAAAAAAAUAAUUUAAUCAAUUUCAGAAUAAGGCUGUAACGUAACUUUCCGAAUGCACCAUAUGUUUAACAAUGUAUUUCCAAAUUGAAGCAAUGCAAUUAGCACAAUGUGGACUGCAAACAUAAAAUAUUUAGCAAAUAUGGGGCAGGCUAUUUAACGAACUAGACUAUAAUCUAUAGCUUGCGGACCCCUGUUCUCUCCUGGAGUGAAAGGUAUAAUUUUUUCUUCAUUUGUACUGUCUAGCUAGGGCCAUCUACUUUCUUGACUUUUCCUACUAGCACUGACUUUGCUGAUAACUUCUUUAUUGAGGAAGAAUAGACUUACUAUGACUGUGAUAUGUGGUUGUCUCACCUAACUAUCUUAAGAUUAAUUCACUAGCUGUAAGUCGCUAUGGAUAAGAGCAUCUGCUAAAUGACUAAAAUGAACAUGUAAAAAUGCUAUAAUGUACUAACAUUUGAAUUGGAAUUGAUGACAACGCAAUACAUAAAAGACCGUAAAUACACAACUUGAAGCAACCACAUAUUUAGCCAUGGAGCACGUUUUGAUUGGCCAGUAAGGGGCCAAGCCUCGACAACCACAACUUGUUUAUUCAUCUAAACCUAGCCCUUUCAUGCCACCACCAGCUACUGCGCCCAUAAUUCCGUUUCUGAAAAUAGCUAAAAUAUUUCUGACACCCCCCCAAACCUAUAAUACUACCGCCAACGCUAAGGUUUACCAUUGUGUUAGGUUUGUUAGAGCCCUAGAACUCCUCUUCCCAUAAUUUUAUUGCUACCUCAAUUGAAACACUUUAGGACUCUUACCAUAAAACUUUAACAGUCAGAUAGCACAGUUAACAGCUCCUACAACAGCCCAUUCCAGUAGUCAUGGAGGAGGCCUCUGCUCCGAGUCUGUCCAGUUGAAGUACUUACGUGACAGCUCCUCCUCUCAUUAACAUUUAUAGUUGGCCUGCCAUUGAAAACAAUCAUCAAGGACUGAAUGUUAUAUGGAAACUUUAAGGAGGGCAUUUACCAUCCCUUCCAGAACAGCAACAUAUAAAGCAUUGUUAGACAUGACAUCUCUAUUGUCUUGGGUAAACGGGAAAUCCAUUUGUCCCGUUGUUUUGAGGGAGUAGGAACAUGUCUGGAAAACAAAUUGUCAUGGGGAAGGAGGGAUGGGAGGAUUGUUCCAGUCGAAGUUGUCAUGCUGACCCUUCAAUAAAACAAUCCCACAAUCCCCCAGGAGAGUGGGAGAGAGAGAGAGAGUAGAAAAGAGGAGAGGAACGAUUGAUUAAUCACCGCCAGUCCGCCAUUGCUCGGACAGAGAAAAACAACAAACACAUGAAAAGCCUUUCUUACCAGCAGCCAUAUCCUGCUUUGAGGAAAAAACACUUUGCACCGCUUUCCGCUUGUUUUCCACUCCCCGGAGCUGCUCAGGACUGGCCGCCUUCCUGGAGGGAGGGAUGGAUGGAUGGAGGGAGUGAAGGAGGGGAGGGGGGUAUAGAGAAGGUAGAGAAGUAGCAGGGAGGGAGAGAUGGAUACCGGCGUUGCUCGAUAGUUAACCCCCUUACCUUCACAUACUGGACAGAAAAGGGAUGUACAGUCGUGGUCAAAAGUGUUGAGAAUGACACAAGUAUUGGUCUUCACAAAGUUUGCUGCUUCAGUGUUUUUAUAUAUUUUUGUCAGAUGUUGCUAUGGUAUACUGAAGUAUAAUUACAAGCAUUCCAUAAGUGUCAAAGGCUUUUAUUGGCAAUUACAUUAAGUUUAUGCAAAGAGUCAAUAUUUGCAGUGUUGACCCUUAUUUUUCAAGACCUCUGCAAUCCGCCCUGACAUGCUGUCAAUUAACUUCUGGGCCACAUCCUGACUGAUGGCAGCCCAUUCUUGCAUAAUCAAUGCUUGGAGUUUGUCAGAAUUUGUGGGUUUUUGUUUGUCCACCCACCUCUUGAGGAUUGACCACAAAUUCUCAAUGGGAUUAAGGUCUGGGGAGUUUCCUGGCCAUGGACCCAAAAUAUCGAUGUUUUGUUUCCCGAGCCACUUAGUUAUCACUUUUGCCUUAUGGCAAGUUGCUCCAUCAUGCUGGAAAAGGCAUUGUUCGUCACCAAACUGUUCUUGGAUGGUUGGGAGAAGUUGCUCUCGGAGGAUGUGUUGGUACCAUUCUUUAUUCAUGGCUGUGUUCUUAGGCAAAAUUGUGAGUGAUUCCACUCCCUUGGCUGAGAAGCAACCCCACACAUGAAUGGUCUCAGGAUGCUUUACUGUUGGCAUGACACAGGACUGAUGGUAGCAUUCACCUUGUCUUCUCUGGACAAGCUUUUUUCCAGAUGGCCCAAACAAUCGGAAAGGGGAUUCAUCAGAGAAAAUGACUUUACCCCAGUCCUCAGCAGUCCAAUCCCUGUACCUUUUGCAGAAUAUCAGUCUGUCCCUGAUGUUUUUCCUGGAGAGAAGUGGCUUCCUCGCUGACCUUCUUGACACCAGGCCAUCCUCCAAAAGUCUUCGCCUCACUGUGCGUGCAGAUGCACUCACACCUGCCUGCUGCCAUUCCUGAGCAAGCUCUGCACUGGUGGUGCCCCGAUCCCGCAGCUGAAUCAACUUUAGGAGACGGUUCUGGCGCUUGCUGGACUUUCUUGGGCGCCCUGAAGCCUUCUUCACAACAAUUGAACCUCUCUCCUUGAAGUUCUUGAUGAUCCGAUAAAUGGUUGAUUUAGGUGCAAUCUUACUAGCAGCAAUAUCCUUGCCUGUGAAACCCUUUUUGUGCAAAGCAAUGAUGACUGCACGUGUUUCCUUGCAGGUAACCAUGGUUAACAGAGGAAGAACAAUGAUUUCAAGCGCCACCCCCCUUUUAAAGCUUCCAGUCUGUUAUUCUAACUCAAUCAGCAUGACAGAGUGAUCUCCAGCCUCGUCCUCAUCAACACUCUCACCUGUGUUAACGAGAGAAUCACUGACAUGAUGUCAGCUGGUCCUUUUGUGGCAGGGCUGAAAUGAGGUGGAAAUGUUUUUUGGGGAUUAAGUUCAUUUUCAUGGCAAAGAGGGACUUUGCAAUUAAUUGCAAUUCAUCUGAUCACUCUUCAUAACAUUCGGGAGUAUAUGCAAAUUGCCAUCAUAAAAACUGAGGCAGCAGACUUUGUGAAAAUUAAUAUUUGUGUCAUUCUCAAAACGUGAUGUAUAGUGAAGGUAAGGACAGUAGUGUAGUGAGAUAGAGUUUCUGAAUAGUUACCCUCUAACCCUCAAAAUGGAUGGAAGGAGGGAUGGAUGGAUGGAUAGAGAGGAUUUAGGAGUAGUGGUGAGUAAGAGAUAGCUGUGUUGCUGGACAGCUAACCCUAACCCUCAUACACUGGGCCUAACCCUCUCAACCCUCACACUCUAGGCAGGAAAAAUGGAUGAAAGGAGGGAGGAAGAUCUCUAACCCUCUAACCCUCCCACACUGGGCAGGAAAGACCUACUAGGACCUGCAACCUAACCCUUGACCUCCUGAUUACAGCGAGGUAUUCCACUGGCAUAGCGUCAGAGCCGGAGGCCAGAGUGACUUACAAGGUCCCGCUUUCAUCUCGAUGAAUGAUCACGUAAUAAUAAGACACGAAUGGGCAAGUGGACUUGUGAAAAACAACCUGUUAUUUGAGAUUCUGUCUGUCUGUGGUUUUGUACUUUACGGCUUCAUGCUUUCCACUGAGGCGCUACAGGACUGGCUGUGGCACUGAGGAUGUAUCACAGCAUUAGAUGGAAUACUCUCGUGUGACAGAGCAGAGGAAACAGCUUUUAUUACUGCGAACGCCUCAGUAGGCAGUGAUACAGUCCUCUAAACUGAAUUAUGAGGUAAGACUGCUGCAGAUAUUAUAUAUUUGGAGAACAUGGAAAAAUCCUACAAAAACGUGCUCAUGCACUCAAGCUCAGGCACGCAGACAUGCACACAGGCAGGCACGAACACACACACAUACUGCAUCAGCCGGCUGGUUAUGAAUACGGAUCCCGUAAAAAAAAUACUGUGGUGAAUUUAAUCUGGCAGACAGAAUUGGUUUUGUGUGUAUUCUCACCUCUUUCCUGUGGGCAACAAAACCUAAUGACAAACAACUCCCACAAACACACACAAUCUCUCUCUCUCCCUCGAUGUUAGGCUCUCUCUCUGGCUCUCUAUCUACUUCUCGCUCUCAUUGUCAAUCUAACCACUUUCGCUCUCUCGCUUUUCUUUUCUUUAUUCUUUAGUAGCUUGCUGUUCGAGUAGUGAGUAGGUCUUCUAUUGGUAGUUAUCUUUCGGGAUUUCGUUCUUUUUUAUUUGAUUUCUUUCUUUCAGUUCUGUAUUGAUUUGUCUUUCUUCUUUUUCUUUCUUUCUUUCUUUCUUUCUUUCUUUCUUUCUUUCUUUCUCUCUCUCUCUCUUCUCUCUCUCUCUGCAGUGAGACUUAUAAAAGAUGAUGAAGGAGAUAGUAGAGGAUUGCCAGAGAGACUAGUAACGGCACAUAUCACACAAAGAACAUCUCUCAGAGAGAAAAAAGACUCCCUUCCCUAAACACACACAGAACACUAUCAGACCUAGAGGGCUUGUACAUGACACCAAGCAUAUCGCAAGACACAAUGGGACCGCUCUGCAGUCACUCAACAUGCACUUAUAAAAGGACUUGUUAUUUUGACAUUGCAAAGUAGGUACCAGACAUCCCUCCCAGAUUUCCGUACAGAGCUAUCCUGUAUCUUUGCCUUUAUAUUUAUCUGGUAUUCUUGCAGGCACAGUAACUUUAGCCCAAUUGUCCAUUGGGCAACCUCAUAACAGUACUGUUACAGUGACACAGUAAAAUGUCUGUAAUGUAAAAUGUGCCGUAUCUUUUCAUAAGCCACUGUGUUGUCUCUGUAGGUUUCAGUAUGGGAUACCUGUCCUCAUAAGCUGCUGUGUUGUGUCUAUAGGUGUCUCCAGUGCUGGGGAUGACAGCAGGGACCCUGAUCCUGUUCUUCGUGCCUGAGCCCAAGAGAGGCCAUGCUGACCAGCUAGGAGGACGCAUCAAACAUCGCACCUCCUGGCUCUGUGACAUGAAGGCCCUGGCCAAGAAGUAAGAUACCUCAGUUAACUUCCAUUAAUCUGAUGUACCUUUACUUAUCUAUUUGGGUUGGCAUGAGAGAGAGAGAGAGAGAGACAAAGUGAGGGAGACAGCGCAAGAGAGAGAGAGAAGAGAGAGAGAGACGAGAGAGAGAGAGAGAGACAAAGCGAGGGAGACAGCGCAAGAGAGAGAGAAAGAGAGAGAGAGAGAGAGAACGAGAGAGAGAGAGAGAGAGAGAGAGACAAAGCGAGGGAGACAGCGCAAGAGAGAGAGAGAGAGUGAGGGAGAGAGAGAGCGAUAGAGCCAUAAUAGAAUGUCUACAAAGUCUGUGAAGUCAGUGUCACGCUAAAUGAGCAUGUCAUCUAAUCUACAUUAGAUGUGGUGCUGUGCGGUCACUAACCUGAACAUGAAGGCCCUGGCCAAAAAGUAAGAUACCUCAGUUAACUUCCAUUAAUCUGAUGUACCUUUACUUUUCUAUUUGGGUUGGCAUGAGAGGGAGAGGGAGAGAGAGGGAGAGAGAGAGAGAGAGGGAGAGAGGGAGAGAGAGAGAGAGGAGAGGGAGGAGGGAGAGAGAGAGAGAUUGUAUACCGCUAUAUUAGAUAGAAAAUAUUUGUUUAGGCUUUCCUUUUGUCCUUCAGCAUCUGACUGAGAUUGCAUACUGCAGAUAAAUAAAUAAUUAAUGGUGUUGUGUGUGUUCCUCCCUUCUAGCCGGAGCUAUGUGUUCUCCUCCCUGGCGUCUGCUGCGGUGUCGUUCGCCACGGGGGCAUUUGGCAUGUGGAUCCCUCUCUACCUGUUCAGGGCUCAGGUGGUACAGAAGACAGCAGAGGCCUGCACUAAAGACAUCUGCAGCAGCAAGGACAGGUCAGAGUUUACUCUUGAGUUCUCCGUUUUAUUAACCUGAUCUGAGUCAUUUAUAACCUCUUGCUGUCCACUAACAUUUCACUCUAGUGAUAUGAAAUGUCUUUGCUUCUCUCUCACCUCUCCCCCUGGUCUCUGUGCAGUCUGAUCUUUGGUGCGAUCACAUGUGUUACGGGGCUGUUGGGGGUUGUGAUCGGAGCAGCCACCACCCGCCUGUGUCGUCAGAAGACCGAGCGGGCGGACCCCCUGGUGUGUGCCGUCAGCAUGCUGGGCUCAGCCAUCUUUGUCUGCCUCAUCUUCGUCGUGGCCAAGAAGAGCAUCAUAGGAGCUUAUGUGAGUGGUCUAGUUACCAAAGCUUGUCUUUCACUCACAAACAUGUAUCAAUACCGUUACGAUUUAGCUUCAAACAGGUAUCAUACCAUUACGAAUCUUCGCUUCAAACCAUUGUUAGUCAUAACCGUUACGAUUUCGCUUCCAAACAUUGUAUCAUACCGUUCGUCUUCGCUUCAAAACAUGUAUUCAUAUACCAUUACGAUCUUCGCUUCAAACAUGUAUCAUACCGUUACGAUCUUCGAUUCAAACAUGUAUCAUACCGUUUACGAUCUUCGCUUCAAACAUGUAUCAUACCGUUACGAUCUUCGCUUCAAACAUGUAUCAUACCGUUACGAUCUUCGCUUCAAACAUGUAUCAUACCGUUACGAUCUUCGCUUCAAACAUGUAUCAUACCGUUACGAUCUUCGCUUCAAACAUGUAUCAUACCGUUACGAUCUUUGCUUCAAACAUGUAUCAUACCGUUACGAUCUUUGCUUCAAACAUGUAUCAUACCAUUACUGCCUGGGCCUGUAUUCAUAAAGCGUCUCAGAGUAGAAGUUCUGAUCUAGGGAGUUUUUCCUAGCCGCCGUGCUUCUACAUCUGCAUUGCUUGAUGUUUGGGGUUUUAGGCUGGGUUUCUGUAUAAGCACUUUGAGACAUCUACUGAUGUAAAAAGGCCUUUAGAAAUACAUUUGAUUUAAUUUGAUCCGUUUCGCCUUUUAGAUGAUAAUUAAUACGAUUAUAGGGACAGAGGAGACCUGAUGGGUAUACUACAAAGUAGGAUCAACCAGCUAACGUGCCUAAAUAUUCUGAAAUAACUUCUUAUUUUGUAGAAAGAUAAGCUUGAAAUGGGCAUGGUCUAAUUGAUUCAACAACCAAAAACACAUAUCUAAGUUUAGCUUUCAUAAUAAACCAGAAAAUCAAUAGUUAUUUCUGGUUGUUUAUCAAAGUUAGCUGGCUAACUCAUUGAUCCUGCUUUGUAGUAUACCCCUCUGAUCCUAGAUCAGCACUCCUACUCUGAGACUCUUUGUGAAUACAGGGCCAGACAUUCCAACGGCACACAAGGUCACAUGCCCUGGCUGGAAGACUAUGCAAACCAACAUGUUUAUGGGAAUUAGGAUAUUUUCCAUCUUCGUCAUUAUUAUUGCUCAGGUUGUUGAAAGUCAGUUCCUACUCUUUUGUCUCUGAUAAGAGCGUAAAAUGUGUUCUCUGUGAGUCACAAAAAAAAUGCCACAGUGCAUUGUUCCUGUCUGGGGCAGCGAUUGUUAAAAGCUGCGCUCUUUCCUGCUUUACAUGGCAAUUAAACAAGCAAACACCCUGUGCAUUCCCACCGCAGCACUGCGGGCCCCUGGCCUGUGGGCCCGUUUCCUUUUGACCUGAUAGACACAGUAUAAACCCCUGGCCUCGACAAAGAUGGCUAGCCGAUCUGUGUGUACUGUCUUGCCGACUCCUAUGGUCCAUUUGUUACGCAUAUGAGUUGGCAAGACAGCACAAACAGAUCUGGGACUAGGCGAAGAGAUGGCUUCUUUCUGAGGACAGCCAUCCCAGAGUAGCCUAGACCUUUCAUUUACAGACCAGUGUGCCUCUCUGCCUGGCUAGGGGCAUCCUGCCCAUCUACUGAGCCCUAUGUAGGCUCAUAUGAAGUCAACAGGAGUUGACUUUUACAGGUCAAGAGCAGGUCUGCCCUACAUUUUUAUGUGGCAGGCCUCCAUAGAAAGGUAGCAUAUUUCAGGGAGAUAUGAGGACACCUUGGCAGCAGGGCAGCCAGACACAGUAGUAGAGAUGUAUGAUACAGGCUUGGAGUUCAGGGCAGUAUUCAUGGAUGAUAUCUCCAGACAACUGUACAUAUUAAAUAUCCUCUCGUUUUAUGGUGGCUGUUACAAAUUGUUACUGUGACAACUCUAGUUACAUUGCUAAGCACUGACAGAUGUGGUGUUGAAGAUAGUGACACCACGGUGGUGUGAGGCAGGGCACAGCGGCCAUGACUGUCUCGCUGUCUGUUUGGGGUGUGAUUUGGAGUCUAGAUCCAGACAGCUGUUGUCUCACAGGCAGGCUGGCCGGCUGAUCUGAGAAGAGUUCGUUUGAGGUUCUGUUUCCCAGGAGGCUGUGUGUCAGUCACGGUGUCUGAAUGGCAGGUUAACAGUCUGCACUACUUCCAGACCAAGAGUGUCUAUCUAAACCCUGCUGGGAGUGUGUGUGUGUGUGUGUGUGUGUGUGUGUGUGUGUGUGUGGUGUGUGUGUGUGUGUGUGUGUGUGUGUGUGUGUGUGUGUGUGUGUGUGUGUGUGUGUGUGUGUGUGUGGUGUGUGUGUGUGUGUGUGUGUGUGUGUGUGUGUGUGUGUGUGUGUGUGUGUGUGUGUGUGUGUGUGUCAGUUGGACAUAGAUCCUCCAGUCCUCCAUUGCCAACCGCGAUACAUUGGAUUCUAUCGCAACCAAAUCCCUCUGGAUCCAUUACUAGAAAGCAUUUGUUUCGCCACACAGCCUUGCCAGCUGCUCAGGGCUUGCUUUAAGUAGAGAUGUCAAGAGACUAU